CAAAUAUGUGAUUCCUCCUCUUUGAAUCCUUUAAUUCAUAUAGUUUUAUGUAAGUAAAAAAAAUGCUUCAAUCAUCCAUCCUAAAACCACAGAUGUAGAAAUAGAUGGAUGAUCAAUGGAUAGACGCAAACAAUAAAAAAAAAGCCGUUUCCUUUGCUAAUCAAUCUUUCUUGUCAUCAUUCCAACCUUUUUAAUGACAAUAGCAAAUGGUUGACACAGCAUCGGCCGAUAGACGUGGUUUUGGGCGUGGACGUGGUGGACGUGGUGGCCGUGGUCGUGGCCGCCGUGGAGAAGAAAAGAACGAAUGGGUUCCUGUUACCAAGCUUGGUCGUCUUGUAAAGGCUAAUAAGAUCAAGUCCAUUGAGGAGAUCUAUCUUUUCUCUUUGCCCAUCAAAGAAUAUCAAAUCGUUGAUUACUUCCUUCCCAAGCUUACAGAUCAAGUGAUGAAGAUCAUGCCCGUUCAAAAGCAGACAACUGCUGGCCAACGUACUCGUUUCAAGGCCUUUGUUGUCAUUGGUGAUGAGAACGGACAUGUUGGUUUGGGUGUUAAGUGUGCCAAGGAAGUUGCCACUGCCAUCCGUGGUGGUAUCAUUUUGGCCAAGCUUUCCAUCAUUCCCGUUCGUCGUGGUUAUUGGGGUAACAAUCUUGGUGAACCUCAUACUGUACCUUGUAAGGUUAGCGGUCGUUGCGGUUCCGUUAUGGCCCGUUUAGUACCUGCACCUCGUGGUACUGGUAUCGUUGCCUCUCCUACUGCUAAGCGUGUACUUCAAUUAGCUGGUAUUACUGAUUGUUAUACCACCUCUCGUGGUUCCACUCGUACUCUUGGUAACUUUAUUAAAGCUACCUUUGCUGCCAUCGGUAAUACUUACGGCUUUUUGACUCCUGAUCUUUGGGAAGAGUCCGAACUUAUUAAAGGACCUUAUCAGGAAUUCUCUGAUUUUCUCGCCCAAAAACAGAGAAAGUAAACAAGUAGCUAAUGAUUCGGUUUUUAUUACUUCAAAGAAAUAAAUUUGAUGAAUAUUGCACUUGUUUAAUCGUUAUGUAAAUUACUUUGUUGGUUCAGUUCUCGUAUAGUUA